AUGAAACAGACAAUUUAUCAAUUUAUGAAAUUAAUACAAGUACUGGAAACUCCAGACAAGGAGUCAUGGAAACGUGGUAAACCUUCUGAAUUGAAAGGGCAUUUGGCUCUGAAAUGCCCAUUGGCUAGUAAAGAAGCAAAGUGGAAAUAUUGGAAAUAA